AUGAGGCUUGUAAUUCUUGAUAACUAUGACCUGGCUAGUGAAUGGGCAGCCAAAUACAUCUGUAACCGCAUCAUUCAGUUCAGACCUGGACAGGACAGAUAUUUUACACUGGGUUUGCCAACAGGGAGUACACCUUUAGGAUGUUAUAAAAAACUUAUAGAAUAUCACAAGAAUGGAGACCUUUCUUUUAAAUAUGUGAAGACCUUUAACAUGGAUGAAUAUGUAGGACUUCCCAGAAAUCAUCCUGAAAGCUACCACUCUUAUAUGUGGAAUAACUUUUUUAAGCAUAUUGAUAUAGAUCCUAAUAAUGCUCAUAUCCUUGAUGGGAAUGCUACAGAUUUGCAAGCAGAAUGUGAUGCAUUUGAAAAGAAAAUAAAAGAAGCUGGAGGAAUUGAUCUUUUUGUUGGAGGAAUUGGUCCAGAUGGUCAUAUUGCUUUCAAUGAGCCAGGAUCCAGUUUAGUAUCAAGGACAAGACUAAAGACUCUAGCAAUGGACACCAUUUUGGCAAAUGCUAAAUAUUUUGACGGAGAUUUAUCAAAAGUGCCAACUAUGGCUCUAACAGUUGGUGUGGGGACAGUGAUGGAUGCUAGAGAAGUAAUGAUCCUCAUUACAGGCGCACACAAGGCAUUUGCUCUCUACAAAGCAAUAGAAGAAGGAGUUAAUCACAUGUGGACUGUUUCAGCUUUCCAGCAGCAUCCCCGAACUAUUUUUGUAUGUGAUGAAGAUGCUACUUUAGAAUUAAGAGUUAAAACUGUGAAAUACUUUAAAGGUUUAAUGCAUGUGCACAAUAAACUUGUGGAUCCACUGUACAGUAUGAAAGAAGGAAAUUGA